AUGUUAGAGGUAUUUCGCGAAGGGCAUUUGAAUAUUGAACAUGUAGGAGUCAUUUAUAUAACAUACGUAGUUUUUUUGGUUUCCUGUUAUUUUUUGAGAAAAUGUUUCACCGAUAAAUUCCUGCACUUUAUAAAAAUUUUAAAAAACCUUUUGGUUACUGUGAUAUCCUUAUUAAGUUUGAAAUACUUAGACCUAAAUAUAUCACUAGGAAUUAAUUUCCUUCAUGUGUACAACAUUUUACAGCUGUGUAGUUUUUUAGAAUUCAUUCACGCAAAAAAUGACAAACAAAAUGAAAAGUCUGAAAUUGAAGAAAACAAAAUAGUCCACAGAUAUGAAAUUAGCAAAGAAAAUGAAAAAGAAUACAGAAAUGAAUACGAAUUAAUAGGAGAUACAUCGAAACAUUUGGGAAAAUUGGCAAAUAAAAUUUUAAAUAACAAAGAAAGUAUAAAGGAAAAUGAAGGAAUAUUAAAAGAAAAAGAAACUAUAGACGAAAUUCAGAAAAAAGAAAAAGAAGAAGAGGAAUAUAUGAAAAAAAAAAUUUCACUUGAUUCUCAGAAAAAAAAAGAUAAAUCCAAAUUAAACAUCUCCUGGAUUUAUGCUUUUUUUUCACAAACAUUUUACACAUUCUUCUAUUUUUUUUUCUGGAAGUUUAAUCACAACAUUAUGUUCAUAAAGAUGUAUUUAACACUGCAGUUGAGUAAAAGCCUGAUUUCGUUAGCAACCAAUUUUUAUCAAAACAAUUCAAAUAUAAAGUUAUUUAAAAGAAUUACCCACGCAAUUAGCAUUGUUCAUAUGAUCUCGUUAAGCCUAUUUUUUACAAAAUUGUUAUACUCCACGGAUAAUAACUCAAAAUUAAUUCAGAAAUUUGCAGUCUUUUCUAUCAUAUUCCAUGUAUAUUAUGCAUACAUAGCUUUCGUUAAUUAUAUAUAUACAUAUCAUAAGCAGUUCAGAUCUUCUUUAUUUUCUUUCAUUUUGUUUUUUCAUAUAUUUGGUAUAAUUGGCGUGAUUAAAUUGUAUUACCAUCAGUAUGGGAGGUCCUUGCUUGCUCAGUGUAUAAUAUUUUACUUGAUAAACGGAUUUGGAAUAACAUUCGGUGCACAUCGCCUGUGGUCACAUCGAGCAUUUAAAGCAAGUACCUUUGUACAAGUUUUAUUCCUAAUUUUGAAUAGCUUUGCAAAUCAAGGCAGUGUAAUAACGUGGUCCCGAAACCACCGUUUACACCAUAAAUAUAGUGAUACAAAGUAUGACCCACAUAAUAUAAGAUACGGUUUUUUUUAUAGUCAUGUUGGAUGGUUAUUAUACCAGAAGACAAAAUAUGUGAAAGAAAAGGAGAAAGAAAUAUAUAUUGAUGAUUUAUUACAGAACCCGCUUCUUCUGUUACAACAUAAAUUGGAUCCAUAUUUUAACAUAUUCAUUUGCUUUAUUAUACCUGGAAUAUAUUCGUAUUUUAUGUACAACAAUUUUUGGGAUGGAUUUUUCAUUUUAGGAGCAUUAAGGUGGAUUAUCACAUUACAUGCAACAUGGUCGAUUAACAGUGCUUCUCAUUCAUUUGGACAUAGACCUUAUAACAAUGAUAUAAAGGCAUCAAACAACAUUUUUACCUCAAUUGUAGCACUAGGAGAAGGAUGUCACAAUUAUCAUCAUGUUUUUCCAUAUUGUUAUGCUAUGAACGAAAAUUUUUAUAUUCUUAGUAUAAACCCAACUAAAUAUGUUAUUCAAUUUUUUUAUCGCUUGGGAUUAGUAUGGGAUUUAAAAUGUGCACAAAAUAUUUGCAAAGAAGUUCGACUAAAGGAAGCGCUAAAAUUAGAGAAGAAAAAUAAAUUAUUAAGUGAAAAUAUUAAAAAUGAAAUAAUGAAAAAAGAAGACACGAGCUACAUAAUAGAUUUAAUGAAUUCUAUCACAGCACUUUGUAAUGAUUAUAUAAACAUCUCGAUGUUUAGAUAUAUUAUGUAUUUAUUAAGAGAUUUUAUAAUAAUUAUUACGAUUUUUCUAAUUCAUAUAUGGUAUUGCUAUAACAAAUAUGGAAAUGGAACAUUAUUUUCAAAAAUGUCUAAAAAUUUUGAAGCCAUAGAAAUAGAAAGCAAUAAACUAAUUUCGAUUGCAUCAUUUGUAUUUUUUCACAUUAUAUUAUAUUCUCUGCCUAUGGGAACCAUGUUUGCAAGUCUGUACUCCUUGGUUUAUGAAUGCAAAAGAGGAUUACUAUUUAAAAAUUCAUUUUUAAAUAAUUUUUUUGGAAGUAUCAUUUCGUCCCUUAUUCUUUUACCAUAUACAUCAGAAAAACUAAGAAAGUCCUUGUUGAUAUCAUUGAACGAAGAUUUUCUGAAAGUUUUAAAGGGACCUAUAUAUUUUGAUUUUUAUUCAUUCAUAUUUACCAUAUUUUUAGCAUUAUAUGGAGUAACUAUCUACAUAUUUGGAUAUUUUUACUUUUUAAUAUUCUUUAUAGCACCAUAUGUAAUUUUUAACAUAUGGCUAUUAAUUUAUAUUUAUUUGCUAAAUAAUCCUCCAUUUUUUACUGUGGAUAUGAAUGCGAAGGACGUCGACAUAAGUGUCUUAAAUUAUGUAGCUUUCCAAUUCUUACUUGAGUGGAAAAAAAAUAAUUCCAUUUAUCAGAGUAAGAAAAGGUUGUAUAAAAUGAUUUUUUUCUUCAUAAAUUUUAUACACCAUCACUUAUGCUAUACACAUGUUGUAGAAUUCAUCAAUUCGAAAAUUCCAAGUUAUCGAACAAAGGAAAUAUAUAAGCAGUUUGACAAAACAUUGGAUCAAUAUCAUUCCUUGCGCAAUGAUAAAAUUGUUGAAAUUCUGAAGGAGUUUUUAUGA